UAUUUAACUUCCAGGUGUAUGUGUAACGUAGGUAAUGUUAAUUAUGAUGUGACCCAGACUUUACUCAUAAGGCAAUGUCAUAGUUAAAAUAAAAGAUAUUAUUGAUGACAGAAAAUAUUACCUGAACAUAAAUAAACAGAAAAAAAAAUCCAGGUUAAUUAAUUUGAUAAUGUUAAAAAAUUAAGAGUGAUUAUUAGUUCAUACCUGUACAUGAUUUAGAGGUUAUAAGAAGAAAAUUAUUGAAACGUAUUUAAUUCCUUUCAAGAAGAGGAUUAAUCCACUUUAAUCCACUUGGGAAAAAAUAAAACCCCAGAGACUUGUCCAUAUUGAUUUACUGUUUUGUGAUGGAUAAGGAUAAGUAAAUUAAACAAGAGUAAAUACCUGAGUGAGACCAACCAGGUAACACAGGUGACAGUUGUUGCCCCCCCCACUUCGCCUGCCUCCUGUCCACCUUCAUAGGACCUCCUUGACGCCUCUGCUGAAGGACUACCGCAGGACUUCCCAAACCUCCUUCAGGAAGAUAUGGAACAGCAGGAUGGUGGCGCUGUGUGGAAACACUCGUCAGGAGACCUUCACUCCCGUCUCAAGACCCGCAAGAUCCUCGGCGUGGGAGAGACUGAUAAUGGCGACAUCCACAGGUCUAAGAUCUCACAAGUGCUGGGUCACAAUGAGCACCUGUACGUGAGGCUGCCGCGGGGGUUCUGGUCAGCGCAUGUGUUGAUGGGAGCUGGGGUGACCAUGGAGACCUUACUGCUGCUACUCAUGCCGGGUCUCGCCUCACACCUUGGGGUGAUGCCUCCCAACGGUGACCAGGAGGACGACGACGACAACGACGACGACACUGCUGCCUCCCGCGUCGCCGGCGCCGCCCUGGCAGGUCUGUGUGUGUUCGUGUGGUCACUGCUGGGCACGUCGGACAAGCACUAUGCCCGCACUAUGCUGCUUUCCAUGCUAACCUACCACAUACUCUCCAUCUGUGUAGGAGCUGCCUCGGCCCUCACGAAACAGAAUGAAGGUGAAGCACUAUUUGAGAGUCGCCUGGUCAUGAUUAUUGCCAUGCGAGCGGUGAUGUGUGUGAUCUGUUUAGCCUACUUCUACUCCAUCGCUGGUUACACUCCCAUACGCGGCCAGAAACCAAGUGGCUUCCGGCAACCCAGCCAUGGCCCCAAAGAACAUUAAGGAACGAUGGCUGAGCAGCUGUCUUGCAGAGGGACUGAGGCCUCUAUAGAAGGGUCAGUUAGGAGGGGGUCAUAAUAAAAUGGGGAGAAAGAAACGUGCAGUACAUAGCUGCUGAAGAAUGGGUAGUCAUGGAUGUGUUUUAAAUAAUUUUCACAAAAUAGCAAUUGCUGGAGGAAAAAAAACAUUGGACAGAGGAA